AUGCCAAUACCAUCUCCUCCUCCACCCACACCUACGAUCAGUCUUACUCCAGGCACCAGAGAACUCCAGGACGGACAAGUAGUCGCAGACAGGGUCGCUCAGGGCCAAUUGCAGACCUACCACUUUGCAAUUGCUCAGUCCCAGAGUCUCCCUGUCAGGAGACAGCUCGAGCGUAUCAUCUUCCAUCCGGGUGCCGGUGCUGCAUCGUUUCAAAAACGACAGGCACCGGGUAUUUCUUCUUCUUCCUCCUCGUCUUCAUUGCCCUCCUCUGGAUCGUCCUCAGUCCCGACGUCUUCAACCGCGGUACCAGCACCGACACGAACAAUCGCACCUAUAUUGCCCUCGCCUCUUCCCAAUGGAACCUAUGCGGUUUUUAUUUCAGUGUCAACCUGCUCUGCUCCACGGUCGGGCGCUGAUGUAUGCCCACCCCUGGUGAUGUAUGUGUCGACCUCAGCCAGCCAGCCACUGCCAGGACCAGGACAGGAUCCCAAGACCCAGAUGGUGACUAGUAAUGAGGGGCUGAUCCAAUUUACCACUUACACGGACAAGGAGAUUUUCUUCAGCCUGCAGGCACCUUCUCUUCAGGGUACUUGGACAGGAGACUGGGCUGUGGAGGUGGGUGCAUCGAGCCAAGGAUAUGUUCAGCGAUAUCAGGACUCGCAGGGAUUGGUGCUGGAUGACACGGACAGCACGAGCGCCAGUUUCUUGACCCACAACUUUACGGCGGUCCCGACAUUCAAGGUUUACCUGAUCAACUCGACGUCCUUGCCCGUGGGCCUCACACACUCGCUCUGUGCCAUUGAUGCCAUCCAACCGGUGCCGUUGACCAAGGCCAACAUGAUUGUCACGCAGACGAACAGGACCAGCAAUCUGGACGGAUCCAUGGGCACGCUGAUCCUGCCUCCAGAGCCAACAUUUGAGGAGUAUGGACAGCGGCGACAGGUAUUGAUCCAGGCCUUGACACCGGGCACGAACUACACGGCGUUCUUUAUUACGGAUGUACUGAACCAGGCGGGAGCUGAGGAGAUCUAUGCGAUGACGGUGUUCAGGACGAAGCGACACGACAAUUGUGUGCUGAUCACGGAUCUCCAGUUCUGUCAGGAGGUCGCGUAUGCGGUCCCGAUCACGCCUCAGUCGACACUACCUGGAGGCGGAGGAGCGGCCAAUUCGACGGUCCAUCAGGACAUUAAGCAUUUCUAUGAUGACUUUACGAGUAAUUUGAUGGACAACUUCCAGAAGGUGCUUGGUCAAUACGACUGCUCCAAGUCGCAGUACUCGUUGAUCCGCAAUUGCACGGACUGUACACGGGCGUACCGUCGAUGGCUGUGCAGUGUGUCGAUCCCCCGGUGCACGGAUGUGGAGGAUGUUAUGGACACGGAGAACAACCUUGGAUAUGUGGCACCGACGGCGGAUCCCAAUACGGCACAAAAUCCGUAUCUGAUCGACAGGACGAAUGGGCCGGUGAUUGUGGAACGGAACACGAACACGUCCAGGGGGGCAAUUGCACAACUUUCGCAGAAUUCGUUGAUGAACCCGGGGGAUUAUGGCGAGGUGCUGCCGUGUAUCGACCUGUGUUUCGAUGUGGUGCAGAGCUGUCCUAAUUUCCUGGAGUUCAACUGUCCGGUGAAGAAUAUGGCAGGGAAUUAUGCACAUAUGAACUCACAUGGAUACAGAUGCAAUGGACUGGGACUGGUUCCUGUGCCGUCUUCGGGAUCGUCGUUCGAACGGGAGGACAUGGGGAUGAUGCGGGUGGUUGUUGGAGCAGCAGCAGCGCUUGUGAUCGGCGGGGUGUUCCUGUAA